AGGACAAAAGCGACGGACGCUUUUGAUGAUACACAAACAUGGCAGCGUACGUAUGCACGAGAUUUUGUAUAAAUAAAUUCAAAGACUCGGUUACAUUUAUUCCGAGACGGUAUCGAGUUAAAACAAAAUGGGCAGCAACAAGGCCCAAGUUUCCAUCUACUGAACUUGCUCUGCACAACUUUGACGCAACGUACAGUAUGCAGUUUAAGGACCUGUGGCCCUCUAUUCGAGUCGCCAUGCUGUGUGAACAAAAGUAUGGAGCACUGAUAAACAGUUUCUCUUCAGAACCUCACAUAAUCACAGAUUUAGAAGCUCAAGGUUGUAAAGAUUUCAUCAGUAUUGGCUGUUCCAGUAAUGGGGUACAUCAACAUUCACAGGAGGACUCCACAACCUCACACAGAGAUUCAACAGAGCUGGAACCUGAUGCUCUUCAACACAAUAUAAGUCUUGAUAUCAAAUGUCUUGUUUUUCCACAAGGAGACACAUCUAGAUUUAAGCCUGCAAGACCUGACAGCAGUGGUAUAUUGGGAUAUUACCUUCUGGAUGCUGCUUCGGUGCUGCCUGUACUAGCGCUGGACGUCCAGCCUGGACACACAGUGCUGGAUCUGUGUGCAGCUCCUGGAGGGAAGACCCUUGCUCUCCUACAGGCACAUUCAGUCGAUUAUCUAUGGGCGAAUGACUUAUCAGUUUCCCGCACAACACGAUUACGCAAGACUCUUCGGAGCUACGUGCCUAAAGAGUUACUGGAUGAAAACAAAAUCCACAUCACAUCCACAGAUGGUUGGCAGUUAGGCUUGACAGAGGAGAACCGCUUUGACAGAGUGCUUGUAGAUGUCCCCUGCACCACAGACAGACACUCUGCAAUGGUGGAGGAGAACAAUUUAUUUAAGAGGUCCAGGACCAAAGAGAGACAGAAACUUCCACUCUUGCAAACACAGCUUCUUGUGGCUGGAAUCCAGGCCGCUCGCCGAGGUGGACACAUAGUGUACUCUACAUGUUCCCUGUCCCAGCUGCAGAAUGAGUGUGUGGUGCAACAGGCCAUAAGUCUCGCUCAGGAGGAGCUGGGAGUCACAGUACAGGUUCAGGACCUCAGAUGGUUCGCUCAACGCUUUUCUGACACUUUCCACUUUGCGCCUCACUUAAGUGUCGGGGAGCUGGUUUUGCCACACCUGUGUGCCAACUUUGGACCUAUUUAUAUGUGUAAAUUACAACGAAUAAACUAGCAGGACAUUCA